AUGUCAUUAGCUCAUGGCUGUGAUUUGGUGUGGUCUCCCGAAAUCAUCGAUAAGAAAAUCGUGCAAACCACUCGCAUUGUCAACUCUCAGCUUAACACCGUCGACUAUGUCAUCGACCAACCUAUCAAACUGAAAAAGCACGGCGAUUCGGUCAAGCGGCUGGUGGUUUUCCGGACGUCGCAUGCUCAUGAACGUGGUAAUCUCAUUUUUCAACUCGGGCUGGCAGACCCUACCGUGGCGGUCGAUGCGGCUCUUAAAGUAAUCGAUGACGUCGAUGGCAUCGAUCUCAAUUGUGGUUGUCCCAAGCCAUUCUCUACUCACGCGGGGAUGGGUGCCGCUCUUCUUUCCACGCCUGAUUUGCUUUGUCUGAUUCUUAAAGCUCUUGUCGAAAAAGUCGGCAAGCCCAAGAACAAACCCAUUCUGUGCAAAAUUCGUAUGUUGGAUACUUUGGAAAGCACGACAAGCUUAGUGGAACAAAUCUGCGCCACAGGUAUCACCAACUUAACGAUCCAUUGUCGUACCAGAGACAUGCGGAACCGCCAAGACCCUCGAUGGAUGUAUUUGCCGACUCUCAUUCCUUUGGUCAAAUCCAAAGGUAUAUCAGUGGUAAUCAAUGGCAAUUUGCAAAGUCGAACUGAUAUUUUGAACAUGAGAAAGGUUCUCAAUGAUGAGGAAAUCGGAGGAAUGAUUGCUGAAGCAGCGGAAUGCAACCCACUGGUGUUUUCGGCUACGCCCCAAAAUGCCAAAAAAACGGUACUUGAAUUCCUAGAUUUGUGCACUAAAUUUCAGCCCGAGAAUUUGGCCAAUAUUAAAUUCAUGAUACUCAAUUUGGUCCCCGGAAAACUGAAGUACUAUAUGAAGUUUGCUCAUCUGCGAACCUUGGAAGAUUUUCACAAGGUCGCCGAUGAGAUGAAGGACGAUGAUUCUGAUCUCGUCAACAAGUUUUUGGUCAAGGAUUGUCAGAAACAGCUCGUGUUGACGCAAGAGGAGUAUACUGACUUUAUCAAUAAGGAGCGUCCUGAUGAAAUGAAGUAUGCCCUCAGUCGGAAACCAGGCGACCCUGAUCGUGGUGAUAUCAUCAAAAAGCAAGAGCAAGAGGCAGCUGUCGCGCGGAAACGGGCCCGUGAAGCUGAAGAAGAACAAGCAAACAAGAAACCCAAAGCGGUUACUUGUAAUUAA